UGCGUAUAUAUUGGUACAUGCCCACAAGCACAUUUCCAUAAACAGGAAAUGAGAGUUGCUUGAAAACCAAAGGUUGAUUAGUGAUCAAAGAAAGAAAAAUGAUGGACCAGAUGGAGAGAGUGCAGGCCAUUGCCUCGGAGUCGACAGACACCAUACCGCAAGAGUUCAUCAGGCCAGAAAACGAGCAGCCCGGACUCACAACCUACGGCGGGCAAGCCCGCAAAGUCCCGAUCGUCGAUUUCUCGGACCCACAUGAGGAGAACCUCGUGCGGUCCAUUGUCGACGCGAGUUCCAAAUGGGGUAUGUUCCAAAUUGUGAACCAUGAGAUUCCAGGAGAAGCAAUUAGGAAAUUGCAGGAAGUCGGGAAAGAGUUUUUUGAGCUGCCACAGGAAGAGAAGGAGGCUUAUGCUAAGCCUGUUGGGUCAAAGAGUGUGGAAGGGUAUGGAACUAAGCUGCAAAAGGAAGUGGAAGGGAAGAAAGGUUGGGUUGAUCAUUUGUUCCAUAAGAUAUGGCCCCCUCAUGCUAUUAACUACCAGUUCUGGCCUAAAAACCCACCUUCUUACAGAGAGGCAAAUGAGGAGUAUGCUAAGCACUUGCAUGGGGUUGUAGAAAAGCUGCUAAGGACCCUGUCACUUGGGUUAGGGCUUGAAGGGGAGGAGUUGAAGGCGGCCGUUGGCGGCAAUGAGUUGGUGUACCUGAUGAAGAUUAACUACUACCCACCGUGCCCCCGCCCUGACUUGGCCCUUGGGGUGGUGGCUCACUCUGAUAUGUGUGCCAUCACCAUUCUGGUGCCAAAUGAAGUCCAAGGGCUCCAAGCCUUCCUAGAUGGCAGCUGGUAUGAUGUUAAGUACAUCCCUAAUGCCCUAAUCAUCCACAUUGGUGACCAGAUUGAGAUUUUGAGCAAUGGCAAGUACAAGAGUGUGUUUCAUAGAUCAACUGUGAACAAGGAGAACACAAGAAUGUCAUGGCCAGUUUUCUUGGAGCCCCCAUCAGAGCUUGAACUUGGCCCACAUCCCAAGCUCAUUAGUGAAGACAAUCCCCCAGAGUACAAAACCAAGAAGUAUAGUGAUUAUGUUUAUUGCAAACUCAACAAAAUCCCACUGUAAUUUAUAACUAAUUGGUAUGAUAAGUACACUUAUAUUA